AGGUGGUGGGCAAGUUCUACAGAUCUACUACUCAAUCACCGAGGUUCCAACACAACUCUGAUCUACAGGCUGCAAUUCUAACUGCUCAAUGUUCACCAGAGUGGAUUUGGACUGCUCCUUUUGGCCGGUGCGGAGGUGCUGGUGGGGUGUGCCGAAGACCUUCAGCGAAGACCUGGAGCCUGAGGCCUCCUGCAGGCAGCAUGGAGGAGGUCAUUGGGCAGAUUGCUUGCCGUUUGCCGGAGCUAGCCGAGGCUGCAAUUCUACUGCUCAAUGUUCACCAGAGUGGAUUUGGACUGCUCCUUUUGGCCGGUCGAAUUCAGCCCAGGGAGAACUGCCAAGAGGUGAGGAGGUGCUGGUGUGGCACACCGUGAUUUGGCGACAAAAUGCCCUUGCCUAACUUGGACUUGACUGGCAACAAGAAUGUAUUCUUCCUCAGGCCCUUCCAAUGUUGGCCAAGCACAGCGCCGGAAGCAACCUGGGCGGAGGACUUUCCUGCCAACGAAGAGUGGGCAUAUUGUCUUGGGAUUGCUCUUGUUGUUCUGGGCAUCCCGCGCUUACUUCGCACAAACAUGUUUAGUGUAUAUAUAGAUGAGUCAACUGUUUGCAUUAGCUAGCUGCAUUCCGUGCAUCUCAAGAGCUGUGCGACUGCCGCCUCACCGUUGCUAAAUCCUGAUGGGAAAGGCUUGGAUGUUGCGCUACAAGAGCGAAAGCACUAAUCACUGAUCUAUUAUAUAGAAGGUACCUGCUUUCACUUUCUCAAGGAAGCACGCACAUGCUGUCAGGCAAAGCAGUUCCCAGUCGUAGAGAAAGUGGUGAAGAGGUGUCGACUCUUGUAAUCAAGAACCUUGCCCUGGACUUCCGGAAGGAGGAUGUGGAAAGAUACCUACAAAGCCAAGGGGCAAUCAGCGGAGGCGGAAAAUGACUGGUAGAUACAUGAUGCGAAUACAUGACACUGGAGUUUUCAGUGGAGUAAAGUGGGAAAGCCUAGAAACAGUCUAAUUGGUGCAA